AUGGUAUACAUAAGAGGUUGUAAUCGAGCAGAGAAGGACUUUACUAUAUUCAACUUUAGUUUGAAAUCAAAGAUGAAUUCAAGUGUUCAUGUUGCAGAAAUCACAAAUCUUUCUCCAAAUGCAACAGAAAGACAUGUUUAUAAGUUUUUCUCAUUUUCUGAUGCCAUUGAACAUAUUGAGAUCAUAAGAUCUGAAGAAUUUGCUUCUACUGCUUAUGUGACAUUCAGUGAACCUUAUGCACUGGAAACUGCUGUCCUUCUCAGUGGAGCUGUCAUUGUAGAUCAGCAUGUGUUCAUAACGCGCCGGGGAACGGCUAAUGAAGCAAGAAAAUUCAGUAACACUCCACAAGAAGCAGUAAAAAUGGCGGAGGAGUUAAAAGGCAUUAUGUCAAAAGGAUAUGCUGUAACCAAAGAUAUGUUGAGCAAGGCGAAAGAAUUCGAUGAUUCUCACAAAGUCACAGCCACUGCCACUGCUAAGAUUGCUGAAUUGAGCGAGCGCAUUGGACUUACCGAUAAGAUAAACACUGGAAUUGAUGCUGUUCGUUCUGUCGAUGAAAGGCUUAGGGUAUCUGAGGCUGCUGAAACUAUGAUCAACAGCAGUUAUUUUGCUGCAGGUGCAUUGUUAUUGUCUGAUGCACUUAGUAUGGCUGCUAAAUUAACUGCAGAUUUGGCCAAUCAUGGCAGUAAAAUUUUUCCAGAGUUUCAGGAUUAUGAACAAGAAGUCUUUGUCAAUCAUAAAUGAUGAAUGUGGUCCAUGGAAUCAAACAAAAAGUAUGGAAUGAUGCUGUUUGUUCUUUGUGAACUCUAGUGUUUGAUUUCAUUUGCUUUGAUAAUAAAUGCUUGUCCUGUCUUUUGUUUUCCCUCUGGUUGGUUGUAUUCCAACUAACUAAUCAAUCAAUCUAUGUAAUUCUUU